UCCGAUGACGUCAUGAUUAGAACGUAGCAAAGGAGAUUCAAACAUUCCAUCACGUUAACAAAUAUUGUAUAAAUGCACGGCACAAGACAGACAGAGAGAGAGAGAGAGAGCAGAAAAGAGAGAAGGAGAGAUGCAGGCCAGGGUAUUUUAUCUUCCUUAACUUUCUGAAGGCUUCACUUAUUCCUACAUUUUGUUGAUCGUAAUCACCGAUUACCAUCGGUCUUGAUACACCCGGAAUUACCUGUGUGAUAAGCGGAAUUGAAAAACAAACAUAUACUUGUCGUGAACUGCAUCUAUCUCAGACUUCAUUGCAUGAAUAGUUCUACUCAUAGGAAGGAAACAGGAAAACUAAACCUCGAAGAAACAUGUCCACGAGAGUAUUGAUUGGUAUCUACUGUAUAUCCAUAAUCGCUACACUCUCACGGGGAGACGAAGGGAAUUUUCUCCACAUCUCUGAUGUUCAUUAUGACCCUCUCUAUGGAAAUGGCGCGUCUCCGAACUCUUCUUGUAGCGAGGCCGUUGACUCAUCCCAGUACCCUUUAGGAAGUCAUCAUUGUGACUCCCCCUGGGCUCUGGUAGAGAGUGUUUUCCAGGCCAUGGCUAAUACCAAGACAAGCGACACAGAUUUUGUAGUCUGGACAGGAGACACACCGGGUGCUGUAGACCUGAGUCUUCUAAAUUCUACAAAAGUUCUCACCAUCAUCCAAAAUGUGACCGAUGAGAUGAGGGAAAGGCUACCUGGUCUGCAAGUCUUCCCAUCAAUUGGUAACCAUGACAACUAUCCUCGUCACAUUCUUGAUCCCGACCGGAAUGACUUCCGGGACAGUCUGGCCGAUGUUUGGGACCCAUGGCUUGCUAAUUAUCAAGAUGCUAAUAAAACUUUCAAAGCAGGCGGCUACUAUGUCACGCCAAUCAACAGCAACUUAUGGAUGAUAGUACUUAACACAGCUAUGUAUUACUUCAAGGAUCCACUGACAGAAGGCAUUACUGAUCCAGCUGGUCAGUUCGACUGGCUUGACCACACACUAGAAGCCGCACAGAACACCAGUAAAAAGGUAUUCAUCAGUGCUCACAUCUUACCUGGGUCUUUGGAAAGAGAAACGAAAGUGUCUUUUCAAACCAGCUUUAAUGUGAGGUAUCUAGAAAUUAUUAGAAAAUACAGUGACGUGAUCAAAGGGCAGUUUUUUGGCCAUCACCAUUACGACAGCUUCAGGGUUCUUUACGACGACACGGGUAUGCCUAUCAACGCUCUCUACGUCCAGACUGCCAUUACCCCUCGCCAAACACCGAGUCCUCGAUAUCCCAGCUUCCGUAUGAUAACCUACGAUCGUGAAACGGGCGACAUCAUCGACAUCGAUCAAUACUAUCUCGACAUCAGCACCAACAACCCGACCUGGGCGCUAGAGUACCGCGCCACCGAAGUCUACGAUAUCGACGAUCUUAGCCCCCUAUCUCUGCACCAACUCGUUGACAAGUUUCGUGGUGACGGUUCGAUCUCGGAUGCGACUACGGAUUACUUUGCUCGAUAUUACACUUACAACACGGCUAUGGCUCCUGCUGGCGAUUGCGAUGACGAUUGUAAAAGGUUACAUAUCUGCGCUAUUACUGAAUUAGAUGUCCCUGCUUACGAAAAGUGUCUAGAAGGAAAUGGUAAUGUUGUCAGAGGAAGUAUCCGUAAUAUUAUCAUUAUGUUCAGUAUUAAUCUCUUAAAAUCUUUGUUGUCAUGAUCUGUAGAUAUCACUGAUGGUUGUUGA